UACGCCGUUCGCGAGUCGUGACGUAUCCCGGAUUCGUUAACGCUUUACGAGUAAAUAUUUUCGCCUCGAAGUAUCGCCUGCCGCCAAUAUAAAUCGCCAAGAAAUAUAUAUAUUCUCGAGUUGAGUUAUUUAAAUACCUGUGUGCUUAAAUAGUUAACUAAAAACAUGUUCACGCUGGAGAUUCUUGUUGAAUAAUUCUCCGUACACCACAAAAGUUUCCCCAAAACAAAUUGCGCUCUCUCUGAGUCUUUCCAAUAUAUAUAUUUGUGGUUAUUUUGUGCUAGUGCUAAUAAUCAAAACAGUGUAAAAAUCGAAGGAGAAAAAUAAUAAAAAAAAACACACUUGAGCAGAGAAAACACAGGAUAUGCAAUGAACAGGGAUUGAGUUUCACCUGAUUUGUAUUGCCACCUUUCGUAUAUAAUUAUAAUCAACGUGAUCACGCGCUCACACCAACCAAGAAGCUACGACGACGACAACGCAAGCGGAGGAGUUUGUUGCCAGGAUCAAGUUUUUGGCAAAACCCAUAAUUUCGCUGCUGCUGCUUCUUCUUCGUAGUCGCGGGCUCGGGCUCCAUGGUGUCGCCGGCUUGACCGAUGCCUCAGUUGCUAUAAACAAACCCAACUCCACGACCGAGACCCCUGAAGCCGAAGCGAGAGAGUGGAGCCAAACAAAUCCAGUUCUCCUGGUGCUUUUGUUUUGCUUUUGCUGGCUGCCUCUGCCUCGCGUUUAUUGUUUUGCUGCAAGGCGAGAAGAGAGUGGAGAGAAGACUGAAAGACUGCAGACUGGGGAGAGAGGAGAGAGGGAAGAACUGGCCCCAAACACCCGGGAUCCCGAUUCCGAUCCCAAACCAAGAAAACUGAACGCUGAACUGAACUGAAGGAACGAUCAAGAGGCAGAAAAAACAACAACUAAGUUGCAUCGUAUAAAAAUCAUCUGCUGUUGUUGCUGUUGCUGUUGUAGCCAUCAGACAUGGCGCCGAAAUCCAGAAAGAAGAAGGCUCAUGCCCGCUCCCUGACCUGCUACUGCGAUGGCAGCUGUCCGGACAAUGUGAUCAAUGGAACCUGCGAGACCAGACCCGGAGGCAGCUGCUUCAGCGCUAUCCAGGAGCUCUACGAUGAGACGACUGGCCUGUACGAGGAGGAGCGCACAUACGGAUGCAUGCCACCCGAAGAAAACGGCGGCCUUCUUAUGUGCAAAGUGGCCGUUGUUCCCCACCUGCAUGGCAAAAACAUUGUGUGCUGCGACAAGGAGGACUUCUGCAACCGUGACCUGCAUCCCACAUACACACCCAAGCUGACCACACCGGCACCGGAUCUGCCCGUGAGCAGCGAGUCCAUGCACACGCUAGCCCUCUUCGCCUCCAUCGUCGUCUGCCUGUCCGUUCUAAUGAUGAUCCUGUGCAGCGUCUGCUUUACGUACAAGCGGCGCGAGAAGAUGCGCAAGCAGCCACGUCUCAUCAGCUCCAUGUGCAACUCGCAACUGUCGCCGCUGUCACAGCUUGUGGAACAGAGUUCGGGCUCCGGAUCGGGACUGCCGCUUCUGGUGCAGCGAACCAUUGCCAAGCAGAUCCAGAUGGUGCGGCUGGUGGGCAAGGGACGCUAUGGCGAGGUGUGGCUGGCCAAGUGGCGGGAUGAGCGGGUGGCCGUCAAGACAUUCUUCACCACGGAGGAGGCUUCCUGGUUCCGCGAGACUGAGAUCUAUCAGACAGUGCUGAUGCGUCACGAGAAUAUCCUGGGUUUCAUAGCAGCCGACAUCAAGGGCAAUGGCAGCUGGACACAGAUGCUGCUGAUCACGGACUACCAUGAGAUGGGCAGCCUGCACGAUUACCUCUCGCUGUCGGUGAUCAACCCACAGAAGCUGCAGCUGCUGGCCUACUCCCUGGCCUCGGGCUUGGCCCACCUGCACGACGAGAUCUUUGGAACCCCUGGCAAACCGGCGAUUGCCCAUCGCGACAUCAAGAGCAAGAAUAUACUGGUGAAGAGGAAUGGUCAGUGUGCCAUUGCUGACUUUGGACUGGCGGUCAAGUACAACUCGGAACUGGAUGUGAUCCAUAUUGCCCAGAAUCCCCGUGUGGGCACACGACGCUACAUGGCCCCCGAGGUGCUGAGCCAGCAGCUGGAUCCCAAGCAGUUCGAGGAAUUCAAGCGGGCGGACAUGUACUCGGUGGGCCUGGUGCUGUGGGAGAUGGCUCGUCGCUGCUACACACCCAUUUCGACCAAGACGACCACCUGCGAGGACUACGCCCUGCCCUACCACGAUGUGGUGCCCUCGGAUCCCACGUUCGAGGACAUGCACGCCGUGGUGUGCGUGAAGGGCUUCCGGCCGCCCAUACCAUCACGCUGGCUGGAGGAUGAUGUACUGGCCACCGUCUCCAAGAUCAUGGCGGAGUGCUGGCACCCGAAUCCCACCGUCCGGCUGACGGCGCUGCGUGUGAAGAAGACGCUGGGGCGGCUGGAGACGGACUGCCUGAUCGAUGUGCCCAUGAAGAUUGUCUAGAGUCCCGCCGUUCUAGGUUUGACCUAAGUUGCAUUUAGUUUUUUGUGUUUUUUGUUUGGAGGAAAGAGUGGCCUUGUUGUUCCAUUUGGAACUUCCUCUAGUUAGGUCUUAGACGUAAGCAGCCUGUACUUGAGCGGAGGAUCAUCCUCGAGAGGUGCCUAUUCUACCGAUUACUUUAAUCGCCGCACUGAUUGUAGGCUAGAGCUUAGGAUUAAAGCCUCGAUUUAAGUUGAGUUUAGGAGCUAAAUGGCUUCCCUGCAAAAUCUUUGGUUAGAAAAAUGCUUUAACUAUUUGAGAAAUAUAUAGGGAGUAUAUAUAUAUAUAUAUGUAUAUGUAUUUAUGUACAUAAGUAAUCAAACUAAAAUCAAUCGGAAUCGAAAUUUAAAUGUAACAUAAAAUAUUGUUUCUGUGCCAGCUUUUGUACGCUUUAUUAACGUUACAAAUUAAGUACCCACAUGCAACAUAUAUUCAUAUGUAAUUAUGUGUUUUGUUUGUGUUUAGUCUCUAAGUAAACACAGACUUUGAAUGCUGCCUUUUGUAAAAUCCAUGGAAUUAGUUGCCUUAAGACACGAGUGUAAAGACAGGAGAAUACAGACAGAAGGACACCCAGCCUGACCCCAUCUUCCCUCUCUAUAUAAGCAGUUUAUUUUGCAUCUUAGAGAUAUAAAGAUAGAACCUGUAGAAGCACGGUUCCUUUUGUUUUUCUUUUUUUUUUUGUUUUCCCCCUUUUGUAAAUAGCCAAGAUGUUUAUAGGCCACUAAUCAUAUAUAGUAUAUAUAAAUUAUAUAUUGUCGUUAUAAGCGAUUCUGUAAAUACUAUAUAUGUUAUGUAUCUUUAUCUGUAACCGUGUAACUUAUCUCUUAUCGUUCUUACAUCGAGUAACCUUGUUUAAGCUAGAGUUAGACUGUAAUCGCUAGCCCGUAAGAGCAACGAGUAACGAGUAGUGUAAGCUAGUUAGAUGUGUAUCUAUAAGGCGAUAUUUCAGUUCGGUUUAGUUUCUUUCUGUUUCAUUAUUACUGCGCGCAGACCACAAGAACUAGAGUUUGUAUUAAAGCGUUUAGUUAAUUUAUUUAAAAAUAAUAAAAAAUUAUUAUUAAACCCAAAA